GAGACCUGCUCGCAGGCGGUGGCCCUGGCCGAGGGCUUCCUGCUGAGCCAAGCCGCCGGCGAGGAGGAGCUGCGGGAGAGGCAGUUGCAGGAGCCGGUCAUGGGAGAGAUCCCAGCAGAGCUCCAGGGAAGAGAUCGAUCCACUCCGUCUCAAGAGCUGCUUUUCAGGAGGAUCCAACUCAGACCACCUCGCCAGGGUUCUGGUCCCUUUGAAGAGGUGGCUGUGGACUUCACAGAGGAGGAGUGGGCAUUGCUGGAUUCUGGCCAGAGGGCCUUGUGCAGGGAAGUCAUGCUGGAGAUUUCAAGGAAUAUGGCUGCUCUGGCUGGUGAUGGGCCGGAGAAUGACAAUGACAAUCAGGCGACGUUAAUGCCACUGCAAACAGCAGAGCGUGAAGUCAAAGAAGUUACAUUUGACCAUCAAGGAAAUCCAAAAAGGCAAGAGAGAAGUCACUCAGAAGAUGGAGGGGAGAAGUCCUCCACUUCUCUCCCUGUUGAAAUCCAUGGCUUCCAGACCCUGCAAGAUCAGAAAGGGAAGAGAAGGGGAAAAUAUGGGAGAAGAGAGAAAAAUGAAUUUGAUUUAAGUGAAUACGGCAAAAGCCAGACUAAAGGAAAAGAAUAUCGCUACAGACAGUAUGGAAAAUACAUCAAUCAUUCUUUUUCUCUUACUUUACCUAAGAAACUGUACAGGAAACACAAACCACAUACAUUUAUAAAAUUUGGGAAGGGUUUCAGUCUAAGCAGAGAGAUGAAACUAUGCAUGAAGUGUGGAAAGAGCUUCAGUAGCAGCAGUACUCUUAAUCGCCAUCAGAGGAUCCAUACAGGUGAGAAACCAUAUAGUUGCAUGGAGUGUGGAAAAAGCUUUUGUCGGAACACACAGCUUAUUCAUCAUAAAAGGAUCCAUACUGGGGAGAGACCAUAUAAAUGCACGGAGUGUGGAAAGAGCUUUAUUGAGAACAGAGACUUUACUCGCCACCAAAGAAUCCACACAGGGGAGAGACCAUAUAGGUGCAUGGAGUGUGGAAAGAGCUUUAUUGACAGCAGAGACCUUAGUCGCCACCAAAGGAUCCACAGAGAGGAGAGACCAUAUAAAUGCAUGGAGUGUGGAAAAAGCUUUAAUGACUACAGCACCUUUACUCAUCAUGAAAGGAUCCACACUGGAGAGAGUCGAUAUAAAUGCAUAGAGUGUGGAAAAAGCUUUAACAACCAUGAGACCUUUACUCAUCAUAAAAGGAUCCAUACAGGUGAGAAACCAUAUAAGUGUAUAGAGUGUGGAAAGGGCUUUAUCCGGAAAGGACAUCUUACUCGUCAUGUAAGGAUCCACACAGGGGAGAAACCUUAUAAAUGCACAGAGUGUGGAAAGGGCUUCAGUACUAACUGUAAUCUGACUCGCCAUCAGAGGAUCCACACAGGAGACAAACCUUAUAGUUGCAGGGAGUGUGGAAAGAGAUUCAUUGAGCAUAGUGACCUUACUUCCCAUCAAAGGACCCACACAGGGGACAGACCAUAUAAAUGCAUGGAGUGUGGAAAGAGUUUUUUUGACAAUAGUGACCUUACUCGCCACCAAAGGAUCCACACAGGAGAUAAACUGUAUAAAUGCAUGGAGUGUGGAAAGAGCUUUACUCAAAAAGGAAAACUUAAUUCUCAUAAGAGGAUCCACACAGGGGAGAGACCAUAUAAAUGCAUGGAGUGUGGAAAGAGCUUUAUUGACAACUGUGACCUUACUUCUCACCAAAGGAUCCACACAGGGGAGAGACCUUAUAAAUGCAUGGAUUGUGGAAAAAGCUUUCGUCGGAACACAGAACUUAUUCAUCAUAAAAGGAUCCACACUGGGGAGAGACCAUAUAAAUGCAUGGAGUGUGGAAAGCGGUUUACUCAGAAAGGACAUCUUACUCACCAUGAAAGAAUCCACACAGGGGAGAGACCUUAUAAAUGCAUGGAUUGUGGAAAAAGCUUUCGUCGGAACACAGAACUUAUUCAUCAUACAAGGAUCCACACUGGGGAGAGACCAUAUAAAUGCAUGGAGUGUGGAAAGCGGUUUACUCAGAAAGGACAUCUUACUCACCAUGAAAGAAUCCACACAGGGGAGAAACCAUAUAAAUGCCCAGAGUGUGGAAAGAGCUUUGCUCAGAAAGGACAACUUAAUUCUCAUGAAAGGAUCCACACAGGGGAGAGACCUUAUAAAUGCAUGGAGUGUGGAAAAAGCUUUCGCUGGAGCACAGAACUUAUUCAUCAUGAAAGGAUCCACACUGGGGAGAGACCAUAUAAAUGCAUGGAGUGUGGAAAGCGGUUUACUCAGAAAGGACAUCUUACUCACCAUGAAAGAAUCCACACAGGGGCGAAACCAUAUAAAUGCACAGAUUGUGGAAAGAGCUUUGCUCAGAAAGGACAACUUAAUUCUCAAGAAAAGAUCCACACAGGGGAGAGACCUUAUAAAUGCAUGGAGUGUGGAAAGCGGUUUACUCAGAAAGGACAUCUUACUCACCAUGAAAGAAUCCACACAGGGGCGAAACCAUAUAAAUGCACAGAUUGUGGAAAGAGCUUUGCUCGGACAGGACAACUUAAUUCUCAUAAAAGGAUCCACACAGGGGAGAGACCAUAUAAAUGAAUGUAGUGUGGAGAAAGCUUUAACAAUCACAAGACCUUUACUCAUGAAAGCAUCCACACUCGGGAAAAUCCAUACAAAUGCAAGGAGUGUGGAAAAAGCUUUAACAACCACUAGACUUUUACUCAUCAAUAAUGGAUCCGUACAGGUGAUUAAUCAUAAAAAUGCAUAGAGUGUGGAAAGAACUUUAGUGGUGAAGAACAUCUUACUGGUCAUGAAAGGAUCCACACAGGGGCGAAACCUUAUAAACGUAUAGAGUGUGGAAAGGCCUUCAGUAGAAACCUAUCUGACUUGCCGUGGGAGGAUCCACACAGGGGAGAAACCUUAUAGUUGCAUGGAGUGUGGAAAAAGCUUUCGUCAGAACACAGAACUUAUCA